AUGAAAAUCGUACCUUAUGGUUUAGCACCGUGGAAAACUCAGUUAAACUCAAUGGGAUCAUCAGCCUCGAAGUCCAUCACAGAGAAUAAAGAGAAGAACAUGGAGUUCACCAAGCGGAUAUGUAGCAAAUUUCGGGUGCCACUUGUGAACGACAUGCUCUUUCAUAAAGGAGAAUGUGCUGCACCAAAAACAUCGGGUGCGGAGGACCCUAUUCCCUAG